GAUCAUGGGAGGAAACCUGGUGAGGUGGAGUUCUAUAAGAUGACUCACACCCACCGAGAUGGCAGCUUUGUCCGAGAGGAGUCGAGAGAUAUAGUUGACAGAGCUACAUCCCUUAUUUCAGAGCGUAUCGGAGAGUCAUCUUCAAUCGGCAACACCAGAGGUGUCGAAGCUCAGGUGUUUACCGAGUUGAUGGGCUCGGAGCGUUAUGGACGAGUGAGGGGUUAUGGCGUUGGAGUUACCCCCACUCAGUUGUCUGCAGUGGGUAGAUAUACUCAAGAUGUUAGACAGAGUAGUAGCACUGCAAAGGUUAAUGAUCUGAAGGCAGAGAUAAAAGAGUUGAAGCAGAGCCACCAGACAGAGAUGCAAUCUUUGAGGGCUCAGAUUAAUCAGAUUACAUCUUUGUUGCAUCAGUUUGUCCCUCCUCAGGUUCCUGAUAGUUCAUCUGCACGUAGGAUGGUGAUGCUAGCGACCCUGAAGCAUUUAUUUUGGAGUUUAUAUGUAUUUUUUUAUGCUUUUUGAAGUACAUUGUUUUGUACUUCCUAAAUGCUGUCUUGUUGCUCUUCUCUUCUAACAAUGGAAUUUUGACUCAUCAAACAAUGGAAUUUUGACUCAUCACGUAUGUAGCUCA